CGGCUCCCGGGGGAGGAGUCUGGCGGUGGUCGGGCCCUGAGGAGCGUGCGGCGGCGCCCGCAGAGGACGCUGCUUUCCGCACAGGACGGACCAACCGAGGGAGGGCGCGAGGGAAAGCCGGAAGGAAGACGAGGCGAGGCGCCAGCCUUCCUCGGAGGAGGCGGAGGCGAGACCCCGGCCCUGGCCGCGGCGGGAGGGCCACGCCCCCGCCGCCGCGCCCGAGGGGCCCAGUGUUUUCGGGGCCGCCGGCCGCACCGGAUCCCGAUCCCCGGGACUUGGGGACACGGGUGAGCAGGCGUCACCAGCACUGGGCGAGAGUUUCUCCAGAGGAUCCACAAAACCUAGGAUGUCACCACAAAAUCUACCUCGUGUGUCAUUCUCUUUAACUCAUGAGCUGCACAACAAUUGCAGAUUUGAGCAAGAUGUCUGCAGACUGUUGGAAAACUGAAGAACCUAAUUAACACAGGAUGACCUAGGAGUGAUUCUAAGCCUAUAACAAGAAACUGUUCAUUAGUGAAUGUGUCAGUCUUGAUUCUGAAUGCUACAGAUAACAGCAAGCAGAGUUUCUCCUUUCUUUAUUUCUGAAGCAUUCACUUGACCUUCCAUCAGUUAAGACUGACUUUUCCAAUCUGUUCCGGGAGAUAUUAAUGGAAUAUAGUCAUGUCCACUCAAGACGAGAGGCAGAUCAAUACUGAAUAUGCUGUGUCCUUGUUGGAACAGUUAAAACUGUUUUAUGAACAGCAAUUGUUUACUGACAUAGUGUUAAUUGUUGAGGGCACUGAAUUCCCUUGUCAUAAGAUGGUUCUUGCAACAUGUAGCUCUUAUUUUAGGGCCAUGUUCAUGAGUGGACUCAGUGAAAGCAAACAGACACAUGUGCACCUGCGGAAUGUGGAUGCAGCCACCUUACAGAUAAUAAUAGCUUAUGCAUACACGGGUAACUUGGCAAUAAAUGACAGCACUGUCGAACAGCUUUAUGAAACAGCUUGCUUCCUGCAGGUAGAAGAUGUAUUACAGCGUUGUCGAGAAUACUUAAUUAAAAAAAUCAAUGCAGAGAAUUGUGUGCGAUUGUUGAGUUUUGCUGAUCUGUUCAGUUGUGAGGAAUUAAAACAAAGUGCUAAAAGAAUGGUAGAGCACAAGUUCACUGCUGUGUAUCACCAGGAAGCAUUCAUGCAGCUGUCACAUGACCUACUGAUAGACAUCCUCAGUAGUGACAAUUUAAAUGUUGAAAAGGAGGAGACAGUUCGCGAAGCUGCUAUGCUGUGGCUAGAGUACAACACAGAAUCACGAUCCCAGUAUUUGUCUUCAGUUCUUAGCCAAAUCAGAAUUGAUGCACUUUCAGAAGUAACGCAGAGAGCUUGGUUUCAAGGCCUCCCACCCAAUGACAAGUCUGUAGUAGUUCAAGGUCUGUAUAAGUCGAUGCCCAAGUUUUUCAAACCAAGACUUGGAAUGACUAAAGAGGAGAUGAUGAUUUUCAUUGAGGCGUCUUCAGAAAAUCCUUGUAGUCUUUACUCUUCUGUCUGUUACAGCCCCCAAGCAGAAAAAGUUUACAAGCUGUGCAGCCCACCGGCUGAUUUGCAGAAGGUUGGGACUGUUGUAACUCCUGAUAAUGACAUCUAUAUAGCAGGUGGUCAAGUUCCUCUGAAAAACACAAAAACAAAUCACAGUAAAACAAGCAAACUUCAGACUGCCUUCAGAACUGUGAAUUGCUUUUAUUGGUUUGAUGCACAGCAAAAUACCUGGUUUCCAAAGACCCCGAUGCUUUUUGUCCGCAUAAAGCCAUCUUUGGUUUGCUGUGAAGGCUAUAUCUAUGCAAUUGGAGGAGACAGUGUAGGUGGAGAACUUAAUCGGAGGACCGUGGAACGAUACGAUACUGAGAAGGAUGAGUGGACAAUGGUAAGCCCUUUGCCUUGUGCGUGGCAGUGGAGCGCAGCGGUUGUGGUCCAUGACUGCAUUUAUGUGAUGACACUGAACCUCAUGUACUGUUAUUUUCCAAGGUCUGAUUCGUGGGUAGAAAUGGCCAUGAGACAGACUACCAGGUCUUUUGCUUCAGCUGCAGCUUUUGGUGAUAAAAUUUUCUAUAUUGGAGGGUUGCACAUUGCUACCAAUUCUGGCAUAAGACUCCCCUCUGGCACUGUAGAUGGGUCUUCAGUAACUGUGGAAAUUUACGAUGUGAAUAAAAAUGAGUGGAAAAUGGCAGCCAACAUCCCUGCUAAGAGGUACUCAGACCCCUGCGUUAGAGCAGUUGUGAUCUCAAAUUCUCUGUGUGUGUUUAUGCGAGAAACCCACUUAAAUGAGAGAGCUAAAUAUGUCACCUACCAGUAUGAUCUGGAACUUGACCGGUGGUCUCUGCGGCAGCAUAUAUCUGAACGUGUACUGUGGGACCUGGGGAGAGAUUUCCGGUGCACUGUGGGGAAACUUUAUCCAUCCUGCCUUGAAGAAUCUCCAUGGAAACCACCAACUUACCUUUUUUCACCGGAUGGGACAGAGGAGUUUGAACUGGAUGGAGAAAUGGUUGCACUACCACCUGUAUAGUUGGGGAGUUUAGGGAGUGCACGCCUGAUUGAUGUGCUUUGUCGUUUUCUUUGCUAAACAAGAGAGGCUAUGAAAGGACUAAAUAUGAGUACAUAAAAAUCUAUCUUUGAUAAAUUUUAUUUUUAUGCCCUACUUAAUAUUUGCAUCAGUAUAAUAUAUAUCAGUGAGUCUUACAGAAAGAUAUGCUUCCAUAAUAUGAAAUAGAUUAUCCAAUAAUUGAGAAACUUUUACAUGUAUCAUGAGAGCAUAAGAAUCUGGAUUAUCUAACAUUGUUAGCCCUGUGUUAUGUACAGUUCAAGAAGUUCACUUAUUAAAGUAGUUUCCUGUUCCUAGUGUGGUAUAUCGCAAAUUGUGCUGAGGUUAUUUUAGUAUAUGUAUUUCAUUCCCGUGCUUCUGUUCUGAAGUCCUGGAAUACAGUUUUUUUUUUCAGUGUAAUUAAUUCAGCUGCACUUAACACUAGUGUCCAUGUUGGUAUAGAAGUGUUGUCUAAAGCCUAUACUAUAGUUGAGGAAGAUCUUCCAUAUUAUGGUAUUGCACAGGGAGAGCUAUGACUGCAGGAUCAGUCUAACUAUACUAUUAGGUGCAUGUACUCUCUUUUCACUAACUUAUACUUGUCUAUCUAGAAUACAGGUCUUCCGAUCAGCUGGUCAUUUACCAGGUGUGGACUUAAGUUGCUGGGCUUGCAAUGAGAAUUGCUAGUCCCUCGUUGUGCGGGUCUGUGUGGAGCUUUAAUCAGUAAAUGCCUCCACUCUCUGUAUUACAUUAACAUUGGCUCAUGCAUAUAACUACCUGCUGCUGUUGUAUUUCUCCAUCUUAAAAAUUUAGAGUGGGUUAACCAGGUCAUUACAUCCUAAUUUAAUAACAAGCAUUACUGUAGAGUGAUUGUGUAUAGACAUCCAUUAGCUGUCAGGGUGUGUUUUUUUUAACCUGUUGUGUGUGUGUGUGUGUGUGUGUGUGUGUGUGUGUGGGGAGGGGGUUAGGAUUAGAAAGGUGAACUGUUCAGGAAUUCUCUGCACUAGCCGUGCGGAAGAGCAGGUAACUAGUGCUGCUCUGGCAUUAAUCCCAGGAACCACUAGCAGUAGCGGGGGCGCCGCCAAUCCAACAUGAGCACAGGUGCUUCAUGACGACAUCACUAGCAUGUUCAACUGCAUCAUGUUCUGGCACUGUAUUUUGAAUGACAUUAAUUUAUUAAAUAAAUUGUAUAUAUUCAAUAUCUGUUU